GAAAUCUAUAGAACGGAGAUAAAACGCGGAAGCGGAUCGUCUGCUGCUUCAUAUACAGCCUUUGUGUUUUUGUUUUGUGAUUAGAUGUAAAACGCGACAAUGACACUCUCCUAGUUAUAAAACUGGUAAGGUUUUGUAUUUUGAAAGAGGACAUAAUCAUUUUCGGAACCCGUCAUGUGUUAGUUUGUAUGAGAAUCUCUGUUGGCUUUACAUAGCAGUGUAGCUGUUUAGCUUUCGUGUUGUUGAGCUAACCUGGGCCUGUGCGAUUACUGUAAAACUUCACACUCUUCCGCUAUGACUGGCUGUGACUCUGAGUAAACACGAGCGUUGAUCUAUACAGUAUUCGAAGACAGUCAUUUCUCUGUUAAGCCCCACCAUUUAUUUACUCUUGUGAGAUUUGACUAGUGGAUGAUGUAUGCCCCCGCGGGAAACACUCUUCCUGGAGCUCGCAGGAGACGAGGUGGACCUGCCAUUCCCAAGCAGCCUGAACGCAGUCUAGCGUCUGCAUUCCCUGGUGCACUCUCCAUCACAGCCCUGUGCACAGCCCUAGCUGAACCAGCAUGGCUGCGUGUGCAUGGAGGAACUUGUCCCAGACAGGAGCUCGGGGUGGCUGACGUGUUGGGAUACGUAGACGAGAAACUCAUUGAAGACUACUGUAUUAAUUCCCAGACAGUCCUACUGUUGCGAGUCAUCGCUGCCUUCUGUUUCUUGGGCAUCUUGUGUAGUCUGACAGCUUUUCUACUGGAUGUCUUUGGGCCUAAACAUCCUGCUCUCAAAAUUACACGUCGAUAUGCCUUCGCUCACAUUUUUACAGUGCUCCAGUGUGCCACUGUGAUUGGCUUCUGCUAUUGGGCAUCAGAGCUUAUUCUCACACUGCAGCAGCAACACAAGAAGUAUCAUGGCUCGCUCAUCUACGUCACGUUUGCCAUUAGUUUUUACUUGGUGGCUGGAGCUGGAGGAGCUUCCAUUUUAGCAACGGCUGCUAACUUACUCCGCCAUUACCCUACCGAGGAAGAGGAGCAGGCCCUAGAGCUACUCUCUGAGAUGGAAGAGAGCAGUGAGACUUAUCCAGUUGACUAUGAUGUUGCCAACCAGUUCCAACCACCACCCGCUUAUACACCCUGAUGAAAAAGCAUUCUUAAGUCUUUUGUGUUGUCCAGACCUUCCACCCUCAUGCUUAAGGUACCUUUUAAGCCUUCCAAACAAAUCAUGGGCAGAGCAACAUGCGAAGUCCAUUUGCCAUGUAAUAAAUCCUCUACAUGUAGGCCUAAUACUUUACAAUACUAUAUUGCUAUUUUGUCCUUGUUACCUUUUUAUCCAUAUGUUUAACUGUCAGUUAUGGCAGUGAUUCUGGAAUGGCUGAUAAUCACUGGGAAAUGUUCAUCUUUUGUUAGCAAAAAUUGCAUGUAAAUGCCUGUAGAGGCUUGAGACCCAAACAAAACUCUUUCUAGAUUUGGUCAAAAGUGGCAUGCUUUAUGAACAAAUGUGAAAUAUAGACUGAGAUAAGGUGCACAGUAAUCCAGCUGUUUGGCUCAUUGACUAGGGUUUGAGAGAACCUUUGGUUUCCUCUACUUUUUUUUCUUCUGUUAAAUGCUACAUUGUCAUUCUCUUGUAACAUUCCACACAUAAAAAUACUUCACAUUGUAGUAAUCUUUAAAUGAUGCUUUCCAUUCAGUUUGAUUGUAAGAUUUUUCAGCUGGGUAUGUGCGCGCACACACACACACACACACUUUGGUCCAGAGUAUGCUUUUAAUUUUCCAUGCACUGUUCACAUAAUUUUUGAGGGGUGGUUGGUGUCUUUUUCUAAACACUGAAACUUAAUUGAACUCUGCACUUCAAUGAUGCCCAGUAUGUUUUAUAUUUAUGUACUUCAUGUUUGAUAUUAUAAAAAAAGUGAUUUUGCUGUUCAGAACAAUUGACCUUAAUGCCAGAUUUUAUGUAGAAACAUUUUAAAUUCAGCUUUUGCAAAACUGUAAGAAACUUUUUCUCCAAUGUCUUGUGGAUUUUUUUUUUUUUUUUUUAAAUUAAGUUAUUUUCCCUUAGAUAGUUAUUUGGUGAUUUGUGGCUUUUAAGAAAACAAACAUAUUCCCCGCAGCAAAUAUACUAUUUAUUUUAUCUUGUAUAUUGUUAACAUCUACUUGCAUCUGUAUGGCUUUGCCAUUUUUAUCAGGCUUAACUGGCUGUGAUUUUGAAGUGGUCCAUUUUGCCAACUUGUGUUUAUAUAUUCACUGUUUAGUUAUAGUUAUAUUUCUACAUCUGUCUGUGUUUUUGCAGUAUGCUUUGCUAGGUUAUAUAAUUGAUUAUGUCCCAGCUCACAGUGCUACUCCAAAAUUCAUCCAAAAAAAAAAAUCAAGUCUUGUGUGUAUUCAUAUGUUCACAGUUCACCUAAAUUGUUUAUAGUUCUGUAAUUGUUUGAUAGUUCAUAGCAUGCCCAGACUAUGUAAUGUAUUUGUGUUUACUCAGUGAUCACGAGAGAUCUGAUUGUAAACAUGUACUAUUGAAUUUUACACCCAUUGUUUUCUCUUUUAUAUUGGGGUGGAUUGUGACAAUUCUCCUGUGACAAUGUUUCUCCUUCUGUAUUCAUUUAUGUAGCUUUGUCAUGAAAAAAUAAAGGUUCAUGGACGAUUUUUGUGGUA